AUGGUCGGACCAUUCGGCUUGGUCUCGGAUUGGCCCUCCCGUCUUCCGGACUCCAGCGUCGUCCUUGGCCACCUCCAGGGCUCGCCUGGUUGGGUCAUCGCGAGGUCUAGUCGGCUCUGGGGUCGGCCUGUCUCGUUGCCCUUCCCGACGACAGCCCGGAAACUUGCGUCCUACGGUCCCGUCCAUUCCUCCUUCGAUCCCAUGCCACCGUCAUCCCUGGUCUCAUGUCGCGGUCAUUCGUCUAUCUUCAGGAUCAACCUAGUGGGCCCGCCGUCUUCGUCAUCGAAGGCUAGACUGCCCCACGGCAUCCCCGAUCGGACCUGGGGGCAAGGACGACGUCAUUUCUCACAUCGGGAUAAUCUUAAACGAAACAAUAAUGAAAGAUUAUCCCGACAAUUAAUAAUGAAAAAAUAG